CCCCAAAGCUAACCUCACCCACGAUCACGGCCGUCCCCCACUAACUUCAACGUGCCGCCAUCGCCAUGCUUUUCUUCAGUUUCUUCAAGACCCUCGUCGACCACGAAGUUACAAUAGAACUCAAGAAUGAUCUCUGCAUAACCGGCACGCUCAAGAGUGUCGACCAAUUCCUUAACAUCAAGCUCGACGAGAUCCGGGUUAAGGAUGAGGCGCGGUAUCCGCACCUUGCGGCAGUAAAAAACGUCUUCAUCCGUGGCUCGGUCGUGCGCUACGUUCAUCUACCCGCCAAUGCGGUCGACACUGCGCUACUCGAGGAUGCGACGAGGAGGGAGGCGGCCAAUACGGCGGGCGCAAAAGCGAGGUAAUGCGCGGUGCGGAUUGUUGUAGGAUACAGCGAAUAUGGAUGCUACCCCCUGUUUCUUUACGAUGUCAUGAUUGAAAUUGCGCGAGCCGGGAGUUGAAUUACAUUUUCGGGGCGGAACAGUUGACAAACUUGAUGCGCCUGUGCCUCACUUCUGUCAUGAGUCGGAUUUAUUCGUGAAAUAACCAUAAUCGC